CUGUAGCUCAUUUCUUUGUCUUUUUUCGUUUCGAAAGCUAUCGUUCUCAUAGUUUCGUUAUAUUACGACCAUGGCGAAGCGCAGCAAAGUUUCGAGGGGAGGUAAACCCGCUUCCUCGUCUAACAAGGUUAUGAAAGGUUCCCUGUUUCCUGAAAUAAUCCUCCUCGUAAGCUCUGAUCCUUCUUGUUCUCACUAUCAUCUAAAAACUUCAUAUACUUGUGGAUUGUUCCAUUUCCAUACGGGGAGACCUUAAAGAUUACGUCUCGCUCGUCCAGAAUGAACAAAAAUGCGUAUUAGACUCUUACUAGUACUAAUUACAUACUACUUACUCAUCUGAUACUACUUCUCUCUCAUCAUGAAUAAGAAUAUGAUCAUUGCUACUGCCUCUGCUCCUGCUCAUGAUCUUUGCUCUAAUAAGAGGAGAAAGAAUAAGCACGUAGUUGCGAAGCGGGGUUUGGGAGACCGAGACGGAGACUCAAAAACGAAAAAACGUCGUGGACCUAAGAAGGACAGUGACGAGAGCCAAGCUGCAAUGAAAAGACGACUAAAGUUAAGGACAUCAUAUUUGUACCUCUGAGUAGCCAUUGUCAUAGUCUACCUGAUUAAUAUUAUUUUGAGUAGUCAUAGUCUAAGUCUAUGAAGCAUAUAUUUGAGUAGUUCAAGAUGAAAGAAGAAUGUUGUUGAAGAUGUGCCUAGAAUAUCAACAUGAAGAUUACCACCUUCGUACGCCCUUUUCUACAACGUAGACUUCAUAAAUAAUAAGUAGUUGUGAUGUCGUGCUUACACGUAAGUACUAGUACUGUACUAGUACUUCUUCAGACCAUCAUUCAUCAAAGACAGUCUAACCGUAACGGCCACUACGACUACUUCUACUACAUCCUCUAAGAGCUACUCUUUUUAUCUAUCAUCCUCAUUUCAUUUUUCUAUGGUCUUACUCCGUCUGCUUCUUGCUUUCAAUCUUCUCUUCUCCCCUCUAAAUUUUAUAAUCAUUUUUUUUUGACCUCUUUCGCCAUUUCCCCCUUUGCUCCAUUUCCCCAUUUCCUUUUCUAAGAGUUCUGAGGAUGCUUCAAAAAGUUCGGAGUCCAAGCCUAGAGGAGAAGUGUGAAAUGGCAGAUCUACUAGCUGGAGACGGUAAGUCCAAAAAUGCCAUAAAACUCUAUGAAGAAGUGGUGAAACACGUACUUUCAGAACAAGAAAAAGAACAAGGAGGAGCAUCAUCGAACUCGAAGAGAGCACAAGAACAAGCGGCAUCCAAGAAAGCAAAAGUUGUACAUCAUAGAGUUGUUGGUGGAGGUGCUACAGCUCCAACUAGUGAUAGCAGAACUAGUAGUUGUAGUGGUGCCUGUGCCUCCAAUUAUGGAACGAGUAGUAAAUCUUCGUCUUCGACGAAAGUGAACCCAGAAACGGAGAUGAAGACCUCUGUGCAGAUGGAAAAUGAUGAAGAAAACGAACGCCGAGGACGAGCGCUUCUUUCUCCGAAACUGCAGUUAGGGAUAGCCCGUUUUGCUUGUCUAUUACUAGAUACAGAGCAGGCUGAACAUGCAAGAGACUUGAUUGAGAAAUUUUACGACACAUCAAAGAGCGACCUGAGCGAGCAGUCUAAGGCGGACGGCGCAGUGGCAGUGGAUGAAAAAACUUCUCUGCUUCAACUUCACGAGGAGGUUGUAGGAGCAGGGGAGGAGGAGCAGGUAGAAGAGAACGACGAAGAAGUAUUUCCUUUGUGGGUCAGAAUUCGACUUUCCAUACUCGAAGAUUCGAUCAGCCACGAUCUUUCUGAUCGAAGUAUUUCGCAGAUGAUGAUUUCGAUUCCUCUGGCUCGCACCGCUCUUGCCUGGGUACGGGUUGCGAUCGAGUACAUAAGUAACAAAGUAUUGGAGGAAACGGAAUCAGAGCAGCCGUUGAGCGAUGCAGUACGUCAAGCAGUGAAGGAAAACCCCUUUGUGGCGGAAGCCUUGGCUUUUCCAGAUUCCUUCUCGGAUAUCGUGGAAAGUGACCGAUUUAUCGAGAAAAUAGUGACCACGUCGUCGGACUCGGAACAGCGAGGGGAUAAACCCAGUAAGCCCAUCAACAUAGGAAUAGAAGAGCAUAAAAAAGAACUUGUUGGACUUGGAGGAAGAUCCAAUACCAAAAUUAAGGCUCGAGAAAAUCCAUCUUACCUCCCCAUCAUCUUCUUCCCGUUUCGAAGAGAAAACAGGACGCAGGAUGCUCAGCAAGAUGGAUUUUUCUUUGACCUUUAACAAAAGGAUUGAAGACAUGGAAGCAGCCAUAGUGUAUCUCACUGGAUGGGGUCAGCUGGAUGUCUGGCACGACGUUCCAGAUUUCUCUACUUUUCUUAGAGGCUGUUUACCGAAUAUUGUCGAGGCUGUUUUACUGCAGGAUCAAGAUCAAAAUACGCCGAAAGAAAACAACAAGAAGGCUCUUGCUAGCAGGAGCAGGACGACAGAAGGACGAGAGGAAGCAGAAGAGAUGGGACAUGAGGAGGAAGAAGAAGAUGACGAAGAUGUAGAUGACGACCUGGAAAUUCAUUUCGUGGAGCCAAAGGGCAAAAACCGCUGUGAGCUCGUUUCGGCAUGGCGGAAAGCACGCGCACAGAGUAGGAAGGAGGCAUCUCCUGGUGCAGAUGAUAUGGACGUCGAAGACGAUGCUACGGGGGAUCUCGAGGAAGAGGAGUCAGAUUUAGAUCUCGUAGGUGGGCCCGAUGAAGAAGAUAGUGAGGAAGAUUCAAAUAUGUAGAUGUACGCAUCCACUUGAGUAGGAUGAAUUUCAAUUUCAAGAACUGUUCUCAUUUUUUUUCGGCCUUGAAAGAACCAACCAAGAAGAACCUGAUGCAACUUUGUUUUCCCUUUUCAAUCCCGAUUUCUUUGAAGAUAUAAUAGACAUUACACCUCCCUUGCCCUUCAAGACAGAUAAGCUUUCGCACCCACCAAACUUAG